CCCCUGUCCCAAAAGAAAAAUAUAGAAAAAGAACAAACAGAUCCUUCGAAUCUGGAUCUCCUGCAUCUCAUUCUCACUCCUCCUGCGAUGCACUGCUCCAGUGCUCCUCUGUCCUCUCGGAGUGAUUAAGAUCAUGUAAUUCAACUUAUGCAAAUUAUAACUCUCUUCUGUCUCAAGUACUUCAAUCCAAUGAUUCCGUUGCUGCCUCACUCCACACCACAAUGAACAGUUACCAAUUCGGAUCCCAAGCCCCAAAGUCCUUUCACCCUUUCACAAGGAUCGACUUCGACUUAGAAUCCGGAACCGCCACCUCACCAAAACGACCUCGUAAACCCAGGAACUCCACGUCGUUUCGCCCUCUCAGAAUGAUCAAAUCAUUUUAUAACCGUUUCAACCACUUCUUCAAGCUCCACCCUCUCAUGCUUAUUUUUAUUGCUUUCUCCUUUGGCGUAACGGUCCUCGUCUUCCUCUCCUUCUACGGAACCCAGCACAAGGCGCAGAAUGGGGGCUUUUAUAUUAAAUUCGACUCUGCUUCGGAAGAUUACCCUUUCCCGAACCUGAAGAACCUUGUCAUGGUUGCUGGGCACUCUGUUUAUACCAGUAGUAGCUGUGGGAAGAUUGAGAAGGAAGAUUCCUGGUUCUUGGAGUCGUAUCAGAAGAAUCCUGGUCAAGCUGCGACUUUCGUGAAGCAUAUUCAAGAAGGGAUUGAGAUUGCGGCCAGAGAUGAGAAUGCUCUGCUUUUGUUCAGUGGGGGAGAGACUCGGAAAGACGCGGGACCUCGCAGCGAGGCGCAGAGUUACUGGGCCGUAGCAGAUUACAAGGGAUGGUUUGGUAAAGAAGAAAGUGUGAAAUCAAGAGCACUUACAGAGGAACAUGCACGGGACAGCUUUGAAAAUCUUCUAUUCAGUGUGUGUCGGUUCCGAGAGCUUACAGGCACCUAUCCCCAAAAUAUAACUGUUGUAGGUUAUGAUUUCAAGGAAGAGAGAUUCGCACAUAUACAUCGAUCUGCAAUCGGCUUUCCGGACUCGAGGUUCUUCUAUGCCGGCACCCCUGCUACAUCAAAUUCAAUGGCAGCUGCUCUAAAAGGAGAGGAGCUGGUGAGGACUCAAUUCCUCAGAGAUCCAUAUGGAUGUAAGGGUUCACUUUAUCAUAAGAAACUAAAGCGCGAUCCUUUUCACCGGUCCAUUCCUUAUCCCAAUGGGUGCCCUGAAAUUGAAGCUUUGUUCAGAUAUUGUGGACCAGCACCUUUUCCUAGUGCACUCCCAUGGGCAUAGUUACCAUGACUUUGAUCUGAUAAUAUAAGGUGUAAACUAACAAAUUUGAGUUAAUAUAAGGUACAUAUGAGAAUCACCAGACGAUGCAUGAAUCCACGGAUAAAUGAUACCAUUGUUAAAAUUUUGUUCAGGGGAAAUGAUAUUGUUGUGUACGAAA